AUGGCCUAUACGGCUGAGCUCCGCCUGGCCCUGCGCGCCGUCCACCGGGCCGCCCUCCUUACCAAAUCCGUGCUCCGCAGCCUCUCCAACAACGUGUCCGCAGAGACAAAGGCAGACGACAGUCCCGUGACGAUUGCGGAUUUCGCCGCCCAGGCUCUCCUCAUUUCCGCCCUGCUAGCUGUGUAUCCAAAUGACCGCUUCUUAGGUGAGGAGAGCGCAGAUGCAUUGCGCCAGAAUGAGCAGCUCGCCGACCGUGUCUGGCAACUUGUGCAACAGGCAAAGGAGGAGGCUCAUGCAGCUUCCAACGGAAUCGGUAACGAAGAGGAGGCGCAGAAGCACGCGAGGACACGGGGAGAGGACGGGUAUGGGUUAUGGAUCCAGUUGAUGGAACGGCGACUUUCAUGCAAGUAA